AUGGCCAGUUGCUAGCUCUGGGGGGAAGUGCACUCGCCGCGCUCUGUCGCCUUUUACGCGCACACAACGCAGAUGUUGCGGAAGUCCGGCACCCAGCGCCGGCAGCCGGCGCUGUGGCGGCGGUGCCGUAGCCUCCGCCAAAUCAAGCAGGUCCACACCCUCCUGGUCCUCCGGGGCUUCCUCUCGGACCCCUCCGCGCUCCGCGAGCUCCUCUUCGCGUCCGCUGUAGCCGUGCGCGGCGCCAUCGCCCACGCCUACCACGUGUUCGACCAAAUCCCGCGCCCGGACCUCUUCAUGUACAACACCCUCAUCCGCGGCGCCGCGCACACCUCCGCGCCCCGGGACGCCGUCUCCCUCUACGCGCGCAUGGCGCGACUCAGCAGCUGCGGCGGCGGCGUGAGGCCCGACAAGAUCACCUUCCCGUUCGUGCUCCGGGCGUGCACCGCCAUGGGCGCGGGUGGCACCGGAGCGCAGGUGCACGCGCACGUCGUGAAGGCUGGACUGGAGUCCGACGCGUUCGUCAAGAACGCGCUCAUUGGCAUGCACGCGAGCUGCGGAGAGCUGGGUGUUGCAGGUGCUCUGUUUGACCACAGGGCGCGUGAGGACGCCGUGGCGUGGUCGGCGAUGAUCAGCGGCUGUGCAAGGAGAGGGGAUAUUGGUGCUGCCCGGCAGCUGUUCGACGAGUGUCCUGUGAAGGACCUUGUGUCCUGGAACGUGAUGAUCACCGCGUAUGCCAAGCGGGGAGAGAUGGCCCCAGCAAGAGAGCUGUUCGACCAGGCACCUGAGCGUGAUGUCGUGUGCUGGAACGCCAUGAUCUCUGGGUAUGUGAGAUGCGGCUCGCACAAGCAUGCCAUGGACCUGUUUGAGCAGAUGCAGCGCAUGGGCAAAAAGCCAGAUGUUAUCACAAUGCUGAGCUUACUGUCAGCUUGUGCCGACUCCGGUGAUUUGGAUGUUGGCCGAAGGUUGCAUUCCUCUCUUUCAGAGAAGUUCUCAGGAACUGGUUUUACUGUCGUCCUUGGCAAUGCGCUGAUUCACAUGUACGCAAAAUGCGGGAGCAUGAAGAGUGCACUGGAGGUGUUUUGGGUGAUGCGAGAUAAGGAUGUCUCAACUUGGAACUCUAUCAUAGGAGGUUUGGCAUUGCAUGGUCAUGCCCUGGAGUCUGUUGACGUGUUCAAGAAAAUGCUGAAAGAGAAAGUCCGGCCUGAUGAGAUCACCUUCGUCGCUGUCCUUAUCGCAUGCAGCCACGGCGGUAUGGUUGACAAGGGACGUGAGUACUUCAACUUGAUGCAACAGCAGUACAGGAUUGAGCCCAAUGUCAAGCAUUACGGUUGCAUGGUUGACAUGCUGGGUCGCGCGGGGCUUCUGAAGGAAGCAUUUGAGUUCAUUGACACCAUGAAGGUGGAGCCUAAUUCUGUCAUCUGGAGGACGCUUCUUGGGGCUUGUAGGGUCCAUGGUGAGAUUGAACUGGCUGAGCACGCUAACAGACAGCUGCUAAAGGCAAGGAGCGAUGACAGUGGGGAUUAUGUGCUCCUCUCGAACAUCUAUGCUUCAGCUGGAGAAUGGUUGGAGUCGGAGAAGAUGAGAAAGUUGAUGGAUGACAGCGGUGUCAACAAGGAGGCAGGUCGCACGGUUGUAGAUGGCAGCACAAAGGAUCCACUGCAGUCUUUCAGACGGUCGAAAUCACAUCCUGGACUGAAAGGAUUUAUUGGUUGAAUUGAUGAGUUCGUGAUGUACAAAAAGAGAAUGCCUUAGAAAGCCUGGUCAUACGAAAGAGGAAUUAUUACUAUUGAGAUAUUAUGGUGACGGUGUUUAGCAGUCAUAAAAGGUAUAUCUUCUCUCAGAUUCAUAUGUGCUGCCCUUCAAAGAUAAAAGUAAAAAUAAAGUAGGGGAGAUUGUAAAAUUGACCAUUGUAGUACCCUAAUGUGGAGAAAUGUCACAUGCAAAUUUAGCAAUCCGUAAUUGUAGUUUUUGACUGGAAUGUUUAUUUCAUAGAACUACAAAUAAUCAUAUUGCUUCUACUUCUUUGUGGUAUUACUGUGCCUUAUCUCAUGUCCAAGAGACAUAGGUGUCAAGUUUCUCAUACGUGAACUGUUUAAUUGAUUGCUUCCAUGAGAUCUUCUCAACGGUCCUAUGUGUGAUGAUGUAGUCCAGAUCAGGGUUUGAACCAAUGUUAUAAAUAGCGGGCUAUGGAUAAUAGGGGCGGACCUCCGAAUCAGCUAUAGCGGGCUAUAACUCCUAUUUAAAACUAUGGUUUGAAUUGUACUUUUUCCCUCAGCAAUACUUUCAGUGAGAAGUAGCAAGACUAUUCCACCAAUAUAGAUUCUGCGAUGUAUUUAACAUUGGAUAUGGUCCAGUUAGUGGUUUAUUAUUCCUUGCAUUCAACAUGUGUGUAUAACACAUCGACGAUGCGUUAUUCUAUAUUGAACUUUCAGUGAACCUGAACUCUUCUGAUUAUUUUGUGUAACCAUGAACUCUUGGCGUGCAGGUGUAAAUUGAUUUUUUUUUCAAACAAAAAAAGUGCAAAUCGUAUCAGGCACAUGGACAACUAACAUCGUGCUUCCUCUAUUUAGACAUUACUCUACCACGUAAUUGGUCUUUGGGUCUCUAGGAGAUCGUGGUCCAUAUUUGAGUAACUUACAAAAAUAUAUGCAUUAACAUGAUAAGAUGGUGUAGAAGCUUUGGUAGGAGUAUUUUUACUUGCUAUCACCAGGUAAGUUAUGUAAAGGGUAAACAAUGCUUUAUUUGUUCUAUCCAAUCUGAAUUUAGAAACUUUUUGUAAAAAAAAUGGCCAGGCAUUUACCAACAGGCAAGAUCUAGCAGCUUACCUCAUUUUUAUUCCUGGUGGGAUGUUUAGUCAUGCAUCCGAAUUUCCAGCAUGAUAGCUCACUUCUUUCAUGUGUAAAUAGUUCUCUCCAAGGCAUUCCUUAAUUUAUUUUCUAUCCUAGCAGUUCAUACAUAUCUAUAUUUUGUGUGGAGCGUUUUCCAUUUCAUUUUUCUUUUACUUACUUUGUUUUCAUAUAUGGAUUCUGACUGUAGUAAUAUAGUUUUUCCACCAACUGUUGGAUGUUUAAAUUACCUUAAGAAGUGUUUUUUCCCGCUCCCACAUAGCAUGCAGCAGUUAUAUGCAUCAUUUGACUGGCUGUGGGGUUGUACAGUUAAAAGCUUAGUAUUUUUGCUCAUACAAGGAACAGAUUCAGUUCAGUUAAUUUAGCUCUAAUGGCGGUAUCAGUAAAACAUGGAAGUGUGCAGUUUUGCUGUACAUACUCCCCUAUUUGUACCAGUUCAGUUAAUUCAACUCUAAUUACGUUAUGUGUAAAACAUGGAAGAGUUCUUCGCUGGGGUUCUUUUCCCCUCUCCUUUAAUGCAUAAUAGGCAUACUCGGGCGUAUUCUAGAAAACAAAAUACAUACUCCCCUAUAUAUGCCCUUCUUAUCCUUUCUUAAAAAUAACUUGAUACGUACAAGCGAAUAAUUACUUCCUGUAGAUCUCCUUCCAUGUGUUAUUUACUUGAUCUUUUUUCCUUUCACUUCUCUUGACCUAUUUUUUGGUGCACUAACAUAGUGUCUUCAGUGGAAAAUUCUGAUGCUUCUAUGCUUUUAUGACUUCAUAAUAUUUUAAAUAUGAUUUAACAUAUGUUCUUUUCUCAUGGAAAAUCAAGUUAUAAGUAGCUUAAAUGCUUAUUAUUGUUGGCUUGAGAUCUAUGGGUUCUCUCUUAGUAAUUAAGCACAUCAACUUCUUCGAUUGAGAGAAGGAUCCAUGUUUCAAUGUUCUUUCUGAAGUUAAAUUGUCAUUACAAAUUUUGUGAUCAAUAGCUUUCAGAAGAAAAAGGUUGCUCAAGCUAUCUUCAUCAACUUUGCACAUAUCACGGUAUAGUCAUCGACGACCACAAUCAUACGCGCUCAAGACAAUAGUGGAGCGGAAGCGAUCAUUACUUUAGUGAUUUAGAAAGGGGAGUAUUACUUUACAGAGGGAGUACAUUGUAGUACUGUAGUAAUUUGGUUUUCCUUGCAAUAUUUAGAGCAUAGAGAUAAUCUAGAGCAUUCUGGGGGAAUUAACAAUACUGAUGCAUAUAUAUAUUUUUCUGGUGUAAUUUGCUUCUAGGAUGCAGCAACCAUUUGAGAAAAUUUGAUACUUCCUCUGUCCUUAAUUAUUUGUCAGAUAAAUGGAUGUGAGGCGAACAAGGGUCCUCAAAAAGAUUUUUCUCCAAUUUCAAGAUAAUUUGCCUAACCGUCGAGAGCCAGGACGUGCAUCCAGUAGCAACUUUAACAUUGCCUACAGAUCAAACAAACCACCAAGAACAAGAGCAAAAGAGCCAGUUUCAUCUACCACCACCAAGAACAAGAGCAAAAGAACCAGCUUCAUCUAUCUACCACUACAUCGUAGAGACAAACCCAGCUGGAUGAUCAACAUCUCAGGUGUAAGAAGAGAACAAGAGCUUCACAAUUCUGCAUCCAGUAUCCACUAUCACUACGUGUUGUAGAUCACCUAUGCAUGUACCAACUAGAUGUACCCUUUGUUGAUCACCUAUGCAUGUAUCAACUACAUGUACCCUAUCCUUGUAUGAACUACUUUGCUAUGUUCAAGUUUUGGGAGGACUUACCCGAUAUUUAGAAAAAACUAAAUAGCUUAUCGAUC